CAGAGUAGACAUUUUUAUUAAAUUGUAAGAAUUGAUUAUGUCGGGGGUCAGGGAAGCUUUUCCUCCCCGAGAGGGUGCCUUGGGGCUCCCUCCCCUUCCCCCACCGCUGGCUCCCCUUAUCUCCCCUCAGGGCCCCGCCCCCUGUCACUGCCCGCCACUUCUCCCAGGCCCUCCAAAAGCACAGAACCACUGCUGCCAGCUGUGUCCGGGGCUGCGGCUGCUGCUCCAGCUGUGGCCUCUGGCAGAAACUUUCCUGCAUCCCCCUCCUCCUCCAAGGAGGCAGGGACAGAAGAAAGAACAGCCCCCCCCCUCAGAUAGUGAGAGGGAGACGGGGGGCGAUGUGCAGCCAGGCCCGGGGGGCCAGAGCCAUGGAAAGACCCGGGCCCCCCCACUGGCCUGGCAUUGGGUCCCUCUGCGUUCUGCUCAGCGCAGGGGCCGCCUGGGCAACCCCUGCACCCCACUGGCAACUGAAGCCUGAGCCAGGGCUGGAAGGGCCCUUGUAUGAGAGCAAAGUCACUCUGCUGUUGGCUGAGGAGAAAGAGAAGCCCAUAUGUUUCACCCAGAGACUGGAGGACCUGGUCUGCUUCUGGGAAGAGACGGCCAGCCCGGGGCCCAGGAACUACAGCUUCUUCUACCACUUAGAGGAGGAACUGUGGAAACCCUGCGUGCUGAAGGUGGUCUGGACGGGCAGGGGCACGGUGCGCUACACCUGCCCGUUCCCUCUGUCGGACGCCUCCAGCUUCAUCCCCCUAGAGCUGAAGGUCACAGCCACCCCCAACGGCACGGAGCUGCGCCGGACCAUCUAUAUCAAUGAAGUAGGUAUGGCUCACGGCGGCCGGCCCCGCGCCCGGAAGGACCCCAUCGGCUCUCCGGCCCACUCCCUGCUUCUGGUUCCCGGGGAGGGCCGGCCCCCGUCUGCUGCCACCAACUGGCCCUUCAGCUUGCCCCGUCCCUCACACCCUCGCUCUGUGCCCCCAGUGUUUCUGGACCCACCCUCCGGCUUAACAGUGCAGCGGACAGAGACCCCCAGCCAGGUGGCCCUUCACUGGCUCCCACCCCCGAUGGCCCAGCUGACCAAAGACAUCCACUACGAGGUCAAGUACUGGGAAGCAGCCGGCACCUCGGAGCAGAGGGUGGACGUCCGGGAAGGCAGGACGGGCUGUGUCAUUGCCAGCCUCCGCGGGCACACUCGCUACACCUUCGCCGUCAGGGCAAAGAUGGCCGAGCCCAGCUACAGUGGCUACUGGAGCUCCUGGUCCCAGCCGGCCACGGUGCUGAUAGCCGGCGAACUGGACCCCCUGAUCCUGGGCAUGUCUGCCAUACUCACGGCCAUUCUGCUCUUGCUGGUCCUCGGGGGCCUCCUCUCACAACGCAGGUUUCUGAAGCAGAUGCUCUGGCCGGGCGUCCCGAGCCCGGAGCACGGGUUCCAGGACCUCUUCACCAUCCACAGAGGCAACUUCCAGCUGUGGCUGGAAGAGAGCAACGCCUGCCUGUGGUGGGGGCCGCUCGGCGCUUACCUGGAGAAGCCGCCAGCCAGGCUGGAAGUCCUCUCCGAGCACUGCCGGGCAGCCCCCGCCGAGCCGGCCCGGGAGGAGGAGCCCCUGCUGGGGCCAGAGGCCCGCUGGCUGGCCCAGGGAGCCAAGGACGACUACCUCGUGCUGGACACGAAGCUGCUGCCCCACAGUCCGGCCGCUGGGCCCCCGGGCAGGGGCCCCCUGGGCCUUCGGGCCUCGGCCGGCAGGGCCCUGGAGGCCCAGGGGGAGCCAGCCGGGGAAGCAGGGGCCAGGCCCGGGGCCUCGGGCCUCGAGCCUGAGCAGGAAGAACGGGCGUCCGCCUCCAACUUUGAGUACACCGUCCUGGAUGCCGGCUCUCAGCUGCUCUGCCCCCGAGUGUCCCCGCCCGCCCCGCCCCCGAGUCCCCCUGACCUCAAGUACCUCUAUCUGGUGGUCUCAGACUCAGGCAUCUCGGCCGAUUACAGCUCGGAGGCCUCCCAAGGCGCCCCUGGCAGCUCACCUGAGGGCCCCUACACCAACCUGUACGAGAACAGCCUUCUCCAGCCCAGCCCCGAGCCUCUGCCCCCAAGCUACGUGACCUGUUCCUAGUGGGUGCCCUCCGAGGCGGACCUGAGGGGACGGGCUGGCGGCUCUCCGGGAGGGAGGAGGAAGGAGGCUGGCUGCACUCUCCCCCCUUCCUUCCUGUUCCUCCAGAGGGCCCAGGCCCAGGGGUGGGAAGGGGGCCGGCGUGGCUGCAGGGCACGGCGGCGGCUGAGACUGAGGAGGAAGGGGAGGAGAGGGAAAAUCACUGGCCAGCAGGCUCUUCUUUACCCUUUUAGAUAUAUAUUUUUGUAAUAAAUUUAUUUUCUUUCCA